GACCUGGCAACAGCAGCCAGCCUCCCACCCUCUUGGUGGCUCUGGCAGGCCCUCUUUUCUCAUAUGUCUGCGGGGGCCGAGCCCAGGCUUGGCUGUGAGUGUGCUGGUGCUGUUGGGCGGGCCUCUCCGUGGUGGUGCAUUUCCCUCCAGGGCAGGAGCAAGCCCAAGGCCCUUAGUCAGGUGACUGUGAAGAGCGGCCACCAUGUUCUUCUCUCAAGGUGGUUGUGCUUCAGCCUUUCAGUGUUAUGAUGUACCCAGCUGGUCCUGGAUCUGGUGACUCCCCAGAGGGCUUCCCAGAGCAACCGAGGCUCCAGCCACAAAUCGGAAAUCACACAGCUCAGACACUAGAUGCUUUCUUCACAUGUCGAAAAAAUGCCCUCCUGGCGAAGAGCUCGUCCACCCAGGUAGAGGGCGACUUUGCCAUGGCCCCUCGGGGGCCCGACCAGGAGGAGUGUGAGGGCCUGCUGCAGCAGUGGCGAGAAGAAGGGUCGAGCCAGGUGCUCUCAACUUCGAGUGAGGGUCCCCUUGUAGAUAAGGGACUAGCCCAGAGCAGCCUGGCGCUCCUGAUGGAUAAUCCUGGAGAACAGGAUGCUGCUUCAGAGGACAAGUGGUCCAGCAGGCAGCUGAGUGACCUGCGGGCAGCAGAGAACCUGGAGGAGCCUUUCCCCGAGGUGCUAGGAGAGGAGCCACUGCCAGAGGUCGAGGGCUCAAUGUGGGCAGCUGUCCCCAUACAGACCGGCCCCCAAUAUGCAGACUGUGCUGUCCUCCCAAUGGGUGCCCUGGCUGCAGAGCAGUGGGAAGAGGACCCUGCAGUGGUGGCCUGGAGCAUAGCACCUGAGCCUUUGCCCCAGGAAGAGGCUCCCAUCUGGCCUUUUGAUGGCCUGGGGCAGUUGCAGCCUCCCCCAAUGGAAAUCCCGUAUCAUGAAAUCUUGUGGCGAGAAUGGGAGGAUUUCUCUGCUCAGCCAGAUGCUCAGGGCCUGGAGGCAGGGGAUGGCCCUCAGUUCCAGUUCACUCUGAUGUCCUAUAACAUCCUGGCCCAGGACCUGAUGCAGCAGAGCUCAGAGCUCUACCUGCAUUGCCACCCGGACAUCCUCAAUUGGAACUAUCGCUUUGCGAAUCUCAUGCAGGAAUUCCAGCACUGGGACCCGGAUAUCCUGUGUCUCCAGGAAGUCCAAGAAGAUCAUUACUGGGAGCAGCUGGAGCCUUCUCUGCGAAUGAUGGGUUUUACCUGUUUCUACAAGAGGAGGACCGGGUGUAAGACAGAUGGCUGUGCUGUCUGCUACAAGCCCACGAGAUUCCGUCUGCUCUGUGCCAGCCCUGUGGAGUACUUCCGGCCUGGCUUGGAGCUCCUCAAUCGGGACAACGUGGGCUUAGUGUUGCUGCUGCAGCCACUAGUCCCAGAAGGCCUGGGGCAAGUCUCGGUGGCCCCCCUCUGUGUGGCAAAUACCCACGUCUUGUACAACCCACGCCGGGGUGAUGUCAAGCUGGCCCAGAUGGCCAUUCUCUUGGCCGAAGUGGACAAAGUAGCCAGGUUGUCUGAUGGUAGCCAUUGCCCCAUCAUCUUGUGCGGGGACCUGAAUUCUGUUCCUGACUCACCUCUCUACAACUUCAUCAGGGACGGAGAGCUCCAGUACCAUGGGAUGCCAGCCUGGAAGGUGUCUGGACAGGAAGACUUCUCCCAUCAGCUUUACCAGAGGAAGCUGCAGGCCCCACUCUGGCCCAGCUCCCUGGGCAUCACUGACUGCUGUCAGUAUUUCUCCUCCUGUCACCCCAAGAGAGCAGAGAGACUGAUGUAUAGCCGAGACUUUCUGCUGCAAUUCCGUUUCUGCGACAUUGCCUGUCAGCGACCAGUGGGACUGGUUCUUAUGGAAGGAGUGACAGAUACUAAGCCAGAGCGACCUGCUGCCUGGGCCCCGUCUGUCCUUGAGGAAGACACUUUGGAGCCUGAGCCUGUCUUCCCCAGGACUGUAGGCACCAUCCAGCACUGCCUUCACCUGACCUCAGUAUAUACUCAUUUCCUGCCCCAGCAUGGCCGCCCAGAGGUCACCACAAUGCCCUUGGGUCUUGGAACAACAGUGGAUUACAUCUUCUUCUCAGCUGAGCCCUGCGAGAAUGGGAACAGAACUGAUCGCAGGCUGUAUCAAGAUGGGACUCUCAAGCUUCUGGGCCGUCUCUCCCUCCUCUCUGAAGAGAUUCUCUGGGCUGCCAACGGCUUACCCAACCCCUUCUGCUCUUCAGACCACCUCUGCCUGCUGGCCAGCUUUGGGAUGGAAGUCACCACCCCAUGAUGGGGUUCCCAGGGGAAGAGAGCUUCUCUUCCAGAAGAGCUCACUGGGUCAGAGACUGUGGAAAUACCCCAUACUUCUGGAAACUUAGAUCCAAGAAAAUUAAGUCCCAUCCCCUCCCCUCCUUUCCCCCAUUUCCCUUUUCCCAUGGUUAGAUUUUCUCCAGGCCUGUCCACGUUCUCUGCCUGUGGUCCCUGCCCCGCCCCAACCUCUUCCUAAUCCUGUGCCACAUACUCAGUGGCCCUGGGAGAGGCAGAAGGGGGGCUCCCCUUUCAUUUCAUGUAUCCAGUGCUCCCCCUUAAUUUUUAAUUACCAGGGUUGCGGGAGCUAUUGAUCUCAUUGGUUAUUUGCUUUCAGGCCGUUUCUUGAUGGUAUCUUCUAACCCAGUCUUCUUUCUGCUUUCAUGACCUCUGGGCCCAGCCCUCUUGCCAGACACACACAUGUGAGGUGUGUAGCGUGCAUGUGUCCUCUCAGGGUGGGACUGCUCUGUAAGGCCGUGCCUGCCUCCUACCAGCCCACUUUCCACACUGGGGCUGUCGGCCUCUUCACAGGUCGAGAGCAUGACCUGGUAGCUGUGUGUUGCCAGGCAGCGGCAGGGGCAUGGGCCCUUCUCCCCUUUUAUCCUCUGUGUCUCAUGAGGUGUUCAUCAUGCCACCCAGGCCAUACUCCUCAUCUGGCCUCGGGGAAUGAAUGGGCCUCAUAGCCUGUAACAGCAGCUUCAGGGAUGCACUACCUGCCCCAGCAGCCUCUGAGCCUCCAACCCAGAGCUCCCACAGCCCUGGCAUGCUUUCCCGAGGGCUCUUCCCUUUUCCCAGGCUGCUGUGAGAGAUGUGCAAGUGUGAAGCCCUGUGUGGGGUCAGUGGAGGACUGAAAUAAGAGUUUGAGGUUUAAAAGGACAAGAAAGAACCUUCAGGAAACUCUUGUCUUACUAUAUUCUGCCCCUCGCAGAACUGGGGGGCUGGGAGGCCUGGUGGGGGUAAGAGCAGGCAGGUUGUGCAGCCACACUUCAGCUGGGACCCAAGACCUCAGGGACUUGUUCUCCUUCCUCUGCACUCCUCGGAAGCUGUUUACUGUUCCUUUCCUCCCACCACUUUUUAUCUCGCUGCUUCCCCCAUUCCUGUCCAUUUUCUCCUAAAACAGCCUGAUGUGUGGCUCAGGCCAGACCCUCUCUGCAGAAGGUGGCCUUGGGCGAAACCUGUCCGAGCAUUCGAGGUAGCAGCGCUGGGUUAGU